GUCAUAAACCUUCGCCUUUCCCGUUUAACGUCUCUCAAAUGUGGGAACUCUCUUGUUUCAUCUUCCCAAAACUUUGAGCACAAAAAUGGCAUCAGCACUUGUCAGAGGUGGGCGAUCCAAGCCACACUUAGCUAUAGUCCGUCACUCCUCUACCCUAACCACCACCACGAAAGCGUCGCACCACAAAGAGCACAGCCAAAACCAAGUAUACCUAAAACCCAACGACAUAAUAGGGAGUUGGUCACCCCCAAAAGACCCUAAAGAAGCCGAAGCAAAACUCGCUCUUCUCCGACGCGACUACGCCAAGCAAGUCAAGGAACUCCGCAAGCAGUACAUUCACGAGAUGGAGCUCCAGAGGCAAGAGCAGUUGCGCAAAGACGAGGCCCGGAAAGUUGAGAUUCUUCGACAAAGGGAAGAACGCAACAAAUCUAAGGCUGCUGCUGCUCAGGCUCGUGCCGCCGAGCGCAAGGCGUUUGAGGAGGAGUUCCGCCAUACCCUGUUGUGCAGAUGAAAGAAAGAGCACAGAAGCUUGAUUAUUGGAGAAUGAGAGAAAAAGCAAUAGAGGAAAGAAAGAAGAGCAAAACAGAGCUCAUCCGUCGCCAAAGUUCCAUGUGGAUUGAGGAGAAGAAGUUGGAGCGAAAUAUAUUAGAAAAUGUAGUUUGCCAAAACACCUAGCUCUAGAUGUCGCGAGACACGAACUGCUGAGGGCAUUUUGAUGCAGGUCUAUGACUGUUCACAUCGAAGAUUGUGUUUUCAUUGGUUGACAGUUUGGUCUUGUAUAGGAUGACCCAAAAAUCUUACCUUUUGCUGUCACAGGCUCAUAGUCAAGUAUAGUAUUUUUCUUUUUUUUUUUUUCAAAAAACAAAAAUUGUUAUAAUCUUAGGUAAUAGAGCUAUGAUAAACGCUAGCAGCUAUAGACAUUUUUGUCUAUAGCAAAAGCUAACAUCCAUGUGGCAACAUAUAAUUAGCACAUAUGUCACAAUAUUGUUUAUCCAAAACAAAUUGCUUUUUGCAAUUUUUAAA